AUGCGUCUCGGACUCCUUGCCCUACCUUUCCUGGCGGCCACUGUCCAGGCCGCAGACUAUUCCGGGCCUCUUCGGCCUCAGGUCCAAUUCUCGCCGCCCAAGGGAUUCAUGAACGAUCCAAACGGAUUGUUCUAUGAUGCAAAGCGGAGUAUUUACCACUAUUACUACCAAUAUAACCCCUCUGAACCAGUAGUCGGUAACCAGCAUUGGGGCCAUGCUACCAGCCCGGACUUGUACCACUGGACCAACCAUCCACCGGCCCUCGAGCCCGACAAUGAAGACACCUUUAUCUUUUCGGGAUCGGCUAUCAUCGACAGUGAGAACACAUCGGGAUUUUUUCCUGACCAGGAUGAUGGUGUAGUUGCCAUCUACACUGCUCACUCGCCCACCAAAGAAACGCAGCACAUUGCUUAUUCCACUGAUGGCGGAUAUACCUUCACCAAGUACGCCAACAACCCCGUUAUUGACAGCCAUACCGACGACUUCCGGGACCCCAAGGUUAUCUGGCACGCUGAAAGCCAAAAAUGGGUCAUGGUUAUCGCUUGGGCCCAUGCCCGUAAAAUUGGGAUUUUCACAUCUCCCAACCUCAAGGACUGGACGCCAACAUCCAACUACACCCAGGAAGGACUCCCUGGCGUUGAGUUUGAAUGCCCCAACCUGGUGACAUUCCCCAUUGAUGACGCGGAUUCUGGUGAGACCACAAAGGACGUUCUGGCUAUCUCUGUCAACCCUGGUGCUCCGCUUGGAGGUUCCGGUACCUUCUAUAUUGUUGGACAAUUCAACGGAACCCACUUCAACUCCGAAGUUAAGGAAGAGACUCUCUUCGACUUCGCCCGGGACAACUACGCAGCUCAAUGGUUCUAUGGUCUCCCUGAAGGCAGCAAGCCGGUCUCAAUUGGCUGGGCCAGUAACUGGGACUACACAAAUGAAGUGCCCUCGGGUGAUCGCGAGGGCUGGCGAAGCUCCACCACUCUGCCCCGGGAGCAGACCCUCAUCAAGGUCGACGGUGCCUGGAGAGUCGCUCAGGCUCCAUUCCAGGGUCUCUCGCCCGUCAAAGGCGACGAGCUCGAAAAGAAGACAUUCAGCGAGGGUGACGUCUCUGUCGACUUCUCCAGCGUCGAGUCCAACGCCGUCUACUUCGACGUGGCCAUCAAGCACCUCCCGUCUGCCAAUGUCACUGGCGAGCUCAGCUUCAACUUCACCUCCUCCGCCUCCGGCGAGUACCUCGACGGCGCCGUCGAACUGAACUCGGGCUCCUUCUGGAUAAACAGAGCCGGCACACACCUCUUCACAACAGCAGACAACGGCAACUUCGCUGGUCAAUUCGGCACUUCCAUUUCCGUGCCUGAAUCCGGCCAGUUCACUUUCUCGGGUGUUAUUGACCGUUCUGUGUUCGAGGUCUUCCUUGAGGAGGGGAAGCAGAGUGGAACGAUGAGUUUCUUCCCUACUAAGCCCUUGGAUAAGGUUACCUUCGCGGCUACUGGACUUGGUGAGCAUGUUACUGUUGAUGUUGGUGUUUGGGGUUUGAAGAGCGGGUGGAGUUCGUGA